AUGUCGGAAACACAAAUAAGAGUCGCAUUAUUCGAGAAAAAAUUCAGUCCAGAUGAAAUAUCUUCGCCAUUUUCCUCUUCUUUCUCUUCAGUUUCAACAAAUCUAUGGCGAGACUUACGACCAGUUGAGUCCCUUCAUGGCCCUCAAUUCUGGCCAACAUCCAAACCGUUAGCACAGAAAUCUUCAGAUGUCGCGUCAGAGCGUAGUAAUGAUUCGCGAAAACAGAUUAAAAGAUUUUUUACUAAAAUUUGGAAAAAAGUGAAUUCGGGUGAUAUUUUGGUAAAGAAAAGGAGUAGUUCGUCGACAGAAAAGAGUGAGGAUUCCGAUAAUGAUGAAGCAGAGGAAGAAAGCUUAAUGGGCGGAAUCGAUAUCUCAAGAUUUCGUGAUGAUUUACAAGAAGGAACAUCAACAGGGUCUAAAAAGAAUAGCAUACAAUCUAGCAAUAUUAAAGCCAAGCGCGCUCAAGAGGCACAACACCCCAAGAAAAGAAAGCUGAUAAAAUGCCUUGACCUGAAAUAUACACCCUUUCUAAUUACGGAUGAUUUAUAUAUAUUAACGACACCGGUAGAAUUCACACCGAAUAAAGAAGCAAUUUCUCGCUUCCACACGAUUUCAUAUCCACCGCGACGAAAUCUAAAUCCGCGAUGGACACCGGAUGAACGAAUUGCACGACGCGUGCCAAAUGUUCUUUUUCAUGUUCACGUAUAUUGGAACUGGCCACUAGAAUUUCAUGUUGCUUUACCACGCGAUGUAUCAUUUUUCGUAUUCAAACAUACGAUGGAAAGAAUUCUCGGUCAAGAAAUCCCCUCAGAUUUUCGUGUCUUUUAUCAUACAAGACGGUACGGUAAUAAUGAUGUGAUGAGAGUUGGCGAUGAACGAGAUGAUGUAUUGUUGGAGUACUUAUUGAGAUGUGAAAAAAUACGUGUCGUGGAUAAUGAUGGCGUUUGGAGUGUGGGAAUGUUGGUUUGGCGAAAUAAUGUUGAGGUUACGCUAUUCUCAAAAUCUCUCUUAGAAAAGCGAAAAAAUACGCAUUGA